GUUACUUCAAACGAGGCUUGAUCACCCAAAGGAGGGGAAAAGGAAAGGACGACAGAAUCUCGCGAUCUUUGCCUCAUCUUUGAAAGUAGAACACGGUAAAGAACGAAGAAAAUGCUGCAAAGAAACUUCAUUUGUCUGCUUAAAGGAAACACAUGUCUGACUUCAGCUGUGCUAGAUACUUGUGAAUUCAGACUGUGGAAUGCUGCAUACAGUUUUCAAGUAAGGCAUAAAUCAAAGAAGACUUCUCCUUUUCCACCUCCAAAAGGAAACCCAAAAAUAUUUGAAGAGCUUGAUAAGGAAUUUGGUUGGCCAAAGCAUGGAAGGAAAAGAGAUUCACCAUUUGUCCCUGCUGGCCUCCCUUUUAUCCCAGUCAACCAUCCAUUUAUUAUAGACACUGUUGGCAAUAUUAUCAGUGAGUAUGUUCCUCUCCAGAGAAAAGAGCUGAUUCUUACUCCAACAGGAAUAAAGCAGAGAUGGGAGGCAUUAAAGAUGUUCCUUAUGUCAACUUACAGUAUUGCUUUCAUCAAAAGAUACACAAAGCCAUUUAAAUUAAGAGAUUUUGCUGUUGGUGCUCAGAAAACGUUUAUAGAAGUAAAUAUGGCAUUGCAAGAUAAUGAUGUCGCAAGAUUAAAGGAAUUGUGCACAAGCGAUGUUUACAAUGGUCUGAAACGUCAAUUCCUUGAUGCAAAUCGUAGAAUACAUUGGCGACAUGUCAGCACAAUCACACCCCCAAGGAUAGUUCAUGCAAGGGUAGCGCCAGUACAAGAUAAAGAGAAUCUGUUCGCACAGGUCACAGUGAAAAUGAACACAGACCAGAUCCUGGCAAUAACAGACGAGCAUGGUCGAAGAGUAAAGGGCGAUCUCAAGAAAUCAAAGCAAGUCAUCGAUUACGUUGUGUUUGAGCGACAUUUAACAAACCCUUAUGGACAGUGGAAAGUGAUUGGCAAAAUAACACCUCCAGUUCAAGUAAAGGCCCCACACCUUAAAGCCAUCAACCAGGGGGCACAGGUUUCUCGUACAUAAGUAAGAAAUGCCAAUGAAAUAUUUACUCUCUUUUUACGUAACAAUUUGCUCUGAAUUU